UUAGCGAACGCAGAGUCUAGCUGCUAACAUCAGUGCGCGCACGUUGCGACCGCCGAUGCACGCUUGCAACGCAUUCUAAAAUGGCGGAUUGGUCGCAUUUUGACCGCGAAAUUGGGUGUUUUGAAUAUCCAUACGGAAACCAAAUUGCAACUACAUCACAGGAGUAUCCAUCGCCAAAUUUCACCGUGCUCCUCACGCCACCAGGAAAACCCUCUGAGUGUUAUGGAAGGGGAGACAGUCCUCGUGAACUUCGGAAUAAGGCAGAGAAGCAAAGAAGGGAUAAGAUGAACAAAUCAAUUUCACAUUUGGCAAGUUUGGUGCCACCGGUGGCGAUUCCUGCUCGAAAAAUUGACAAGACUAGCGUUCUGCGACUUACUGCACAUUACUUACGCUCACAUCAAUAUGUCUUUGGAGAUAGUUUAGACAGGGCGAGAAACAGUAAGGAAUUCAGUUGUGAUUUUACAAAAACUCUUCUAAAAACGUUAAAAGGAUUCCUCAUAACGGUGACCUAUAAAGGUCUAUUUGUGGUCGUUUCUCCAAAUAUAGAGGAAUAUUUAGGUUACAGUGAGUUAGACUUGCUUGGUCACAACAUAUAUAAUUUCGUACACGAAAGUGACCAGGCUGUACUGAGGGAGCAAUUGACGCCACCUAUGUAUAUGUUGGGAUCGAAUGGCCGAUUACUGAUACCCGACGAUCCAGAUGGAAAGAAGAAGCUCACUGAAGAACUCGUCAAUGAAAAACGGAGUUUCAUUGUUCGGUUUAGGCGACUUAAUCAGCAGAGAUCGGGACCAAUACAUUUCUUGUCGUGCCAUAUAGAAGGAACCUUCCGAAAAGCAGAUAGGGCCUGCUCAAAUUACAAUAAACACUGUCACAUUGUCCGCCGAGCAAGAUAUAGAGGUGAAAAGCCAACUUCAAGUGGAAACGACAUUGUAUUUAUUGGCAUCGCCCGACCGGCAACAGAGACAUUUAUGACUGAGAGAUUCCUUGAGUCCUUUAAAAUGGAGUAUCGCACCCGUCACUCAAUAGAUGGACAAAUCAUUCAAUGUGAGCAACGCAUAGCCCUGGUCACAGGGUAUAUGACACACGAAGUUAGUGGAGUUAAUGCGAUGAACUUUAUGCACCGAGACGACGUGCGAUGGGUCAUUAUAGCUCUGCGUGAAAUGUACGAUGAAAAUCGGCUCUAUGGGGAGUCUUGUUACCGGCUGAUGACCAAAAACGGACAAUUUAUUUAUAUGCGAACCCGGGGACAUUUGGACGUUGAUAAAAAUACGAAUGCCGUUACCAGCUUUGUCUGUACUAACACGGUAGUUAAUGAACGGGAGGGAAAAGAACUCAUCCGUUUGAUGAAGAAGAAGUUUAUGCUACUCGUGAACAAUGGUGACACUAAGGAGUUGGAUGACAUCAAUGUUUCAGAGGAAAAUACUUCAAGCCUACCCGUGGAAGAUCCCGAACAACUGCAAGAAGUCAUUCUUCAUUUAGUUACUAAUUUGCCCUCCAGAGAUAAUACGGACAAUUUACUAGAUUCACCUAAUGAUAUCAACUAUACUCGCUUAUCAAUAAUACCACCACAGCGGGAUAGGAUCCUUAACGCUAUUAUACGGAGCAGCUUUGUUAUAGGAAACGCCAACCAUGUGUCCGAUGACAAUUCUGAAGCUGGUUGCAGUGGCAAUUCCCAAAUAACAUAUAAGAACCCUGAUGAAGAUACCGAACCACCGACUAAGCUACCUAAAAAUUAUGAUGACAUAUCUGAUGAAAGCCUUAUGGAAGUCUUGAAAUUGGAUCCCAAUGAACAGUUAAAAAUUACGGAGAUUGGAUUUGGGAGGCUCAGAUGCUAAUCGCCGUCCAUGGACAUAUGUCAGGCGAAAGCGUCACUUGCAGUUUAAGAAUUCGUACUUUUAUAAAAGCAAUACUUCGUAGAGAUAAAGAUGCAGGAAAAAUUGUAUGCCUUCGUAUGUCCGUGUGGACGAGCUGUUAUCGAGUGGGAAUUUAUUUACCUUCAAAAUAACUGCCUAUUUUCAUAUAUAGCAUAAAAUUAAGUUAUUAAAGUAUGCGCUUGCAGCUAUAGUAAUAUGUUGUUACCCAGCUUGCCAGAUACUAAAUGCUAAGUUAUAUUAUGUAUUUAUAAGCUAAUGCCACCUGCUUGUGCUAUCGCUAUGCGAGUUAAUAUGCGCGAAAGUUAUUCUAUUGGCUGAAGUAAUGGCUUUGCACUUCUAACGUCACCGAUAAUUGAAAUAGCCUGACGAAGGUCGCCAAAUUAGUGUAUUCGAUAUCAAUCAUUUUGGUCUAUAUUAACCCACUUCAAUACAAUCGACACCACACUUGCUGGCAGUUACUAAUGUACUUUUCUUAGUACACUAUCUCUCCGAUAGAUGUCGCACACCAUACUAAGAAGGACUUAUAACAAGAAACACCUUUACACUUACACUUAAUUGAUACCAUUAUUUAUGUACUUUAAUUCUUUUUCAGACACACACGGCAUUAACUACAAGGACGUUUUGGAGGAGGCCUAUCACA